CUCCGGUUUUCCCCUGCACCCGGCGACUUUGUGAUUACAGAUAGACGCAGAACAUGGGUAUCGCCGCGUUGCGCCUGCGGUCUAGAAGCGUCACGGUGUGCUUGAGCCAAUGUUGUGCAGCACCCGAAACACGACGAGAGGGGCGAUUUUCAGGUACAUGAAACACGAGCGACGAGCCAUCUAACGACAUGUCGCGUUGUCUUCCAGAACGAUUUGAGGUAACGAUCGCCCGUUUAUGCCGGUGUUGGACCUGCUGGCCUCGCUACCUGUACGAAAAGGGGCUUGUUUCCCAGCAGGGCUAGAACUGGACAAUUACACUGCGUCCCUUGCUCGCGGACUCGGGGUCCCUCUGCGCCGUAUCCAUCUUUCUCGACCGUUCCUGUUGCUUCAGCUACGCCCCGGCACCACUCAUGAGAUCCUUUCCCCCCAACGGUGGCCAGAUGCCAAGAGUGGCGGAAGGCAGACAUAUCAAGAUGAGCUCCGCUACGGGUGCUUCUCGCGUCGAGCUUCGCGGGCCGCGGCAGCCAGGCAGCCGGGCACAACUCGGCUUGGCUGCACACUAUCCGCGCGAACUACCACUCACCUAGUGUACGCCUUCUCGAAUCAGACUAGUCGCCGGUCGCCAGCCAGCAGCAGCAGCAGCAGCAGCAGCAGCAGCAGCAGCCUCAUACUCUCCGUCGCGGACACCCAGCAAUCCCGUACUCGGGGGAAACUGCCCAAUGGAUAUCACACCGCCGUCCUCCUAAGUGCGGACGAGGCGUCAGCUGGCCAGUGUCAUUUCCCAACUUGGACAUACGACUGUGCUAACUGCUCUUAUUUUUGGCCGUAUCUCAAACUUGACGGCAUCUGCCAUCAGGUCUUUUCCACCCUUUCCUCCAUCGGUUCUGCCGCCCACCUGCUCUUGUUUCACAUCGCCACGUUUGUUUCGCCGCCCCAGCAAUCCCAUGGACAUGAACAGGCUCAUUCCCACCACGCACCGUCCCUCUCUGUCCCGCAGUUUACGUAGUCGUCCAAAGCGGUAAACACCUGGCUAGGUCGGCUUUCAUACGGCAUGGGUGGCGCACACUACUGGUGAAGUGUUCUCGACGCUUUGACCGAGUUGCACAGGUAGUGCUCAGGCAGACAUCUGAAACCUUGACAGACGAAUUGUCCAGUCUUUUUU